GUCAAUUUCAAAAAUGUGUCAUGUCAUAACGGUCACAUUCGCAUUCAAAAAACGGCAAUAUAAACAAAGGCAAGGUUCAAUGCAAAUAAAAGAAAAUUAAUUUAGUAAUAAUCAAAAGACUCUUCAAAGUGACUAUCCUUGUGAAUAUCCUAGAAAUGGAAGACCAAUCGGCCUGUACGGGUGAAGACCUGUUAGAUGUUUUCAAAGCUUUGAACAUAAACCUUUUGAAUGUUAAUCCAAAUACCAUAAGGGCCUGGUUUGACACUGACGACAAAAAUAUGAAAAGUUUAUUGGAAUGGAUGUGCACCUCAUUAUCUGCUAAAAAUUACGUUUCUCCACUUGAAUACGAUGAAUUUUCGAAACUGGAAAACCCCUUGAAGGAUGAUAAGUACGAAACGGAAGUAGAACGAAUCGAAACUGAGCAUCCAAGUAUAUUUUCUAUAGAAGAUACAGAGUUAGACAUUGAACUUUUAGAAUAUGAGUUGGAACAUCUAGAUGAUGAAGAAAUGCUACUGGACCAGGCACUAGCGAUAAAUAGGUCUAUGCAAGAAAAUCUCUCCAAUGAACUGAACGAAAAAUCAACAUUAGAAAUCAAAACAGCUACAAAAUUGAAGGUUACUAAAAACAAAACAGAUGAGUUGGCUAAAAAUUUGGAUGCUAUCAAUAUUAAUAUUAAUUCUCAACUUGUAAAAUAUGGGCAGUGUAUAAAUGAUUUUAUGUAUGGUACACAACAAACUUUGAUGUUAACUAUAGAAGAUAGUUGUCAAGAAAAAGUUGAGUUGCUGAGUAAUUCUAUCAUGCCUAUACUGAUUAGACCUUCUGAUGAAACUGAAGACUCCAGUAUGUUCAUGGAAUCAACAUUGUGGAUUAGUGAAAAUUCAAGGAGAGACAUGCAGCAUGAUAGUGUAAAACAAAGGUUGAUUCAAAGCAAGCUAAACUAUAUUGUAAGUAAGACUUCACUAGAAACAACAAGCAAGCUUUUUGACUAUCUUAUGUCAGUGAAAUUUGAAUCGCUCAUGUUACUGGAACCAAUGGAAGAAAUUGAAAAUAAAAUAUAUCUGAAAAAUGGUAGAGAAAGGGUAAUGUAUUCUAUGCUAGAAAAUAUAAUAGUGGACACUACAGGAAGACAGGUUUCAAAUUCCAAACUGAGAUAUUUACAAGCUGCACUUGCUAAUUUUCAGAGCCAAUUGAAAACAAUAACAGAACUAGAGGAUUUGAGUGUACUACUUCUUGCUCAUUACCAUAUAUUACUGAUCAUGUGUUCAUCUCAGACAGACGAUAUUGAUUUCUCUGUGCAGUUUUUUAAGAAAAUUUUUUACCUGAGUAAUGAUUUACAAAACUGUGAAAACAGGAUAAUGUUAUGUUUCAGGAGAAAAUGAGAAGUACUAUUCAAAUGUAUGAAGCUGAAAAACCAGAUGAUAAGUUUAGGUUCAUCAAGCAUGUCACGAGGAUAGUAUUUGGUGAGGAAUUUGAAGCAAAAAGUGGGUUGCAGAAGAUAUUAUACCUUAAAGAUACACUGGAGGAUCUACGUUAUCGACUUUUUUCUCCAGAGUUUAGAGAAGAAAGAUCUUCGUUUCUAGAAAUGAAAAAUGAUUUGAAGACCCUGAGAUCAUUUUUGGUACCUGGACCCACAUCUGAAGUAGUUUUGGUACCAAUUGAACUCCAAAAGAUGGUGCAAUCUGUGAGGGAACAUCUGGAAAGGCAGAGGAGAUGCCUUAGAACUGCUAUUACUGUAUUCCAGUCGAGAAGAAAGCUCAGUAAAUGGGAGAAUCACAGGAGGCUCUUAUGGACGUAUUUCUACAGCAAUCCACAAAAAUUACUUCUUGUUCUUCAAGAAAUAGAAAACGAGGUGCCAAGUGUUAAUUCCAAUUCUAAAAUGGCUACAUUGAUCGAAUAGUUCGUGUUAUAUUUUGCAAGUGUUAUUUUUUAUAUUUUUCUAAAAUACAUUUAAUAAAGUA